ACGUACUUAUUACGGCAACUCAAAUUUGUCUUCGAUACGCUUUACACCAUUCAAAAUGCUUCGAUGACAAAGGUAGGAUGUAGGUAGGAUGGUGUCCGAAAGUUUAUCCGAAUUCUAGAACACGAUUUUAUCGUUAAUCACUUUACCGGCGCAUCGUCAGAAGUGAAAAGCGAUGCAUGGUGGAUAUGCAGGUUUUUUUUGAGAUAGCCGAAGGAAUCGAUCGAUUGCCAGUGCUGGUGAUCUGCAGCACCGACUCGAGGCAGACAUGUCUUUUCUUGACCUCUUCCUCCGGGUUGAUUGUUACCAGUUAUCAUGAUGUCGAACGAUGAAAAGGAUUCACUUCAAUUUAUGGACCUACCGACUGAGUUGCUCCUCCAAAUCCUCGGUCAACUCAGCUACAAAGAUAUCCUCCGUUGCAGGCAGUCAUGCAAACAUUUGGAUACAAUUACACGGACAGAUGCAAAUAUCUUGUAUAAGAUACAGCUUGGCCUAAAUGGACUGCAAGAUGGACCUUCGACUAGCCUGAAGGUACAUGACCGCCUACGCAUCCUUGCGGAGUAUCAGGCUGGUUGGGAUGAUCUCCGUUUCGGUCCCAUGAGAAUUGUGGCCAUGAGUACCCACGGAGUUUGGGAAUUAGUUCGAAACGUCCUAGCUCAAAGAAACCGCAAUUCACUGGUUUUCGUACAACUUCCAUCGGCUGUACGUGGAAUCGAUGAACGGUUAUGGACCUUGGAUAGUAUUCAGCGUGAUAUUCGAGAUUUCGCGAUGGAUCCAACCCAGAAUCUGCUCUGCAUAUUGGAAACUAGCCAAACUGAGGUUCACAUCCACCUGCGUACAUUGAAUGCAGGCGAUGCCCAUCCAUUGGCUUCCAAUGCUCGGAUAUCCUACGUGCAGGAAAUUAGUUACUGGUCCUACAGCAUACGUAUUUGUUCGGGAUAUCUCGCUAUUUUAUUUCCCGCCAGCCCAGUGAGUAACCUCUGUGUGUGGAACUGGACGUCCGGCAGACUUCAUCUGGAAAUUUCUGGCCAGAUAUUGGCGUACUCCUUCUUGACCGACCAUCACAUCGUGCUCAUUCGGAGACACAGCGCUGCUGAACUCCUAGUAAUUGACCUCAGAUCGGUUUCACCAAAAGGGACUCCAGUGGAUGAAGUCGAUUACAUAUGCAGUUUCCGGUUUCCUGCUCUCAAACCGGACGCGACCGUCGAUUACGGUGAGAUCCGAUCUGACCCUCCUUUUUCUUUUUCUACAGAACACGGUCCCGCUACCCCAUUCCAUCUAGCAUCCGGCGAGAGGCUCUUUGCCGUCUUCAUGCGUGGCAGCGAUUCGUCCUCAGUCUACGGCUCGCCCAUGUUUCUCAUCCCUCUAGACUCGUUAUUACCACACUUCUACAGAAUCCCAAAUCUUGCUCCGAAACUCCAAGUGGAAUGGGACAAAUGGGGUCCGAAAGGCACUAGGGCUAUUCCCGUCUCCUUGAGGCAUUCCCCCGUUUGGAUCCGUAACGUGUAUGGAAUGAGAUUCGUUGAUCUCGUGACCGAGACGGGAGGAGAUCCAUACGUGUUUGUAGCCGAUUUCAAUCAGGCGGCCUUUCGGAAGGCUUCAAUGAAUGAGGAGUAUGUGACUGGGGCGAGAACGAUGAAGCUGGUGUACGAAGACAGUACAUUGGGUUGGCCUUCGCAAAUGUUUGCAGAUCCUGUCACCACUUCGCUACCAUAUCGCUGGGGAAAGGUGCAUUUACCCCGGAAUUACGAAUCUGACAACGUCGACUAUGACGGGGCAAUGGUCAGCGAAGAUGCAAUUGUUGUUGUAGAUUGUUCUCAGUUCGAUAAAACGAAAUAUUGUAUUCUGAGUAUCUGCUCGGCGCUCGACAUCCAACACAUUGUCAUUCAUCAGGAUUAAUAUCACGCUCUUCGCUGUUAACGUCGUGGUAUACAUCUUUUACGGAUCUUUUUCAAUUAUGUGUUUUGGUCACAUCGAAACCUUAUAGAACAUCAACAUAUAGCUUAUGUGAAUUCUAUGGUUCAUUAUGAUGAAUAAAACGUUAAUGCACUACUUGAUCAUUAACGUCAGGUUAAGUUCUUCGUUCGUAGUAGCGUCUAACAUCAUCCAAUAGCCUGUCACCGAACGCUGAACUCAACCGUUAAAGCACUGCCAAGCCUUACUUUACAGCUC